GCGAGCGCAGGCCCCGCGAAGCAGCCCCGCAGCCCUUCGCCCGCAGCGCCGCCCGGCCGGGACAGGGGCGCUCCAGGCCCAUCUCAGCCAUGAGGAGCAGCAGUGCCCGGGCAUGGCAGGAACUACUGGCCCUGCUCUGCAGCGUCUGGCUCUGGGUGGGCGCUGCCCAGCGCACCGGGCCUACGCCCACGGCGCAGAGCCAGGGCCCCAAGCUGAAGUUCCGCCUGGCCGGGUACCCCCGCAAGCACAACGAGGGGCGCAUCGAGGUCUUCUACAAUGAGGAGUGGGGCACCAUCUGCGACGACGACUUCACGCUGGCCAACGCCCACGUGUUGUGCCGCCACCUCGGCUUCGUGGCCGCCACCGGCUGGGCCCACAGCGCCAAAUAUGGCAAAGGCGUUGGGCGGGUCUGGCUGGACAAUGUGAACUGCGGGGGCAGCGAGAAGAGCAUUGCGGACUGCAAGUCACGGGGCUGGGGGAACAGUGACUGCAGCCACGAGGAGGACGCGGGCGUGAUCUGCAAGGACGAGCGCAUCCUGGGCUACGUGGACUCCAACGUCAUCGAGGCCGAGCAGAACCAGGUGGAAGAGCUCAGGCUGCGGCCUGUGGUCUCGGGCGCCAGGAAGUGGCUGCCGGUGACGGAGGGCGUGGUGGAGGUGCGCUACAAGGAGGGCUGGGCGCAAAUCUGCGACGAGGGCUGGAACCACAAGAACAGCCGCGUGGUUUGCGGGAUGAUGGGCUUCCCGGCCGAGAAGAAGAUCAACAGGAACUUCUACAAGCGGUUAAAGCGAGCAGCCAAGAUAAAGAGCCGGAGUCCAGGGCCGGGUGCAAGGCUGGUCUCCAAAGCUCGCCCCAAACACAAGCCCAGGGAGGACUUUGGGGUCCCCAAGAGGUUGUACCUGGAACGGCAGCAGCUCAGCUACCGGCUGCACUCGGUGGCCUGCACGGGGAACGAGGUGCACAUCUCCAUGUGCCCCUUCGAAUUCUACAAGGGCAAUGCCACUGCCACCUGCAAAGGCGGGAUGCCCGCUGUGGUGAGCUGCAUGCCAGGGCCCCUCUUCACCACUGGCAGUGCCCCAAAGAAGAAGCAGCAGCGGCAGCAGCGGCAGCAGGGCCAGCAGCGCGUCCGGCUGAAGGGCGGUGCCAAGGCCGGGGAAGGCCGGGUCGAGGUGCUGAAGAACAGCGAGUGGGGCACUGUCUGCGAUGACCGCUGGAACCUGCUGACAGCCAGCGUGGUGUGCCGUGAGCUGGGGUUCGGCAGUGCCAAGGAGGCUCUGACGGGAGCACGCAUGGGCCAAGGGAUGGGUCCCAUCCACAUGAACGAGGUGCAGUGCACAGGCUCGGAGAAGUCGCUGUGGAGCUGCCCCUAUAAGAACAUCACGGCGGAGGACUGCAAGCACUCUGAGGACGCCGGGCUCCGCUGCAACAUCCCCUACAUGGGCUACGAGACCACGAUUCGCCUGAGCGGGGGCCGGAGCCGCUUCGAGGGGCGGGUUGAGGUGGCGCUGGGCACUGGGAGCAGUGGGCGCCCCGCCUGGGGCCUGAUCUGUGGCGAUGGCUGGGGAACCCUGGAGGCCAUGGUGGCUUGUCGCCAGCUGGGCCUGGGAUUCGCUAACCAUGGCUUACAAGAGACGUGGUACUGGGAUGCCAGCAACGUGACGGAGAUGGUGCUGAGCGGCGUGAGGUGCGCUGGCCACGAGAUGGCGCUGAGCCACUGCCAGCACCACGGCAACAGCCUCAACUGCAAGAAGACGGGCACCCGCUUCGCUGCCGGGGUCAUCUGCUCCGAGAGUGAGCGGGGGGCGGGGGGCUCUCGGUCACCCUGGCCCCGCCUACUAGCAACUCACAGUGUGUCACGUGGGCUGCAGGUUGAAAACCACAGCACCCCCCACCCCAAAACUGCCCACAGUCCCCUAUGUCCAGCGCCCUCGCCCAGAUCCUAA